AUGCCCCUAAGAGUCAUCAUCACCAUCCUCCCCCGCCACGACAAGACCGACUUCACCUGGGAGCGCCUGCAGUGGCUCGCCGAGCAGGUGAAGCAGCAUGAGCCCGACGUGACAUCGUACCGCUAUGGCAGGAACGACGGCACCUACGGCGAGGCAGGCUUUGUCGCUGUCAUGGAAAUCAAGGACCAGAAGAGUCUGGAGAACCGCCGGAAUCUGCCGCAUCACCAGGAGAUCGCACGGCUGAUCAGGGAGGAGGGUUUACUAAGGGAGCCGUUGCGGUAUUUUGUCCUUACGGAGGAGGGUGGGUGGGGUCGUUGA